AUGUAUCUGUUUAUUUGCUUCUACCUCCUAAUGAGUUUUUUUGAAGAACUUCAUGGCUUUUGUCCUUCACAAUGCACUUGUGUUUACCAUGGCAGAAGUGAUGGCACUGGAACAAGGUCUGUACUCUGUAAUGACCCUGACAUGUAUGAGAUCCCUGUGAAUGUUCCUGUGGAUACUGUAAAGCUGCGUAUAGAGAAAACGGUCAUACGAAGGAUUCCGACUGAAGCCUUUUACUACCUGGUAGAUCUCAAAUACCUGUGGGUCACUUACAACUGUGUCGCCAACAUUGAUAUCAGCAGCUUCUAUAACUUGAAACAGCUGCAUGAGCUGAGGCUGGAUGGUAAUCUGCUCUCAACUUUCCCUUGGGAAUCCCUGGCCGAGAUGCCCAACUUACGGACUCUGGAUCUCCACAACAACAAGCUGACCAGCAUUCCCGCUGAUGCUGGCCGCUACCUGAGAAACCUCACCUACCUGGACCUAUCCAGCAACAAGCUGACCACCUUGCCAUCAGACCUCAUGGACAUUUGGCCCCCCUUCUCAGGAGCUAUUGUGUCCAAGAACACAGACAUUCUGGUGACACAGAGAGUAAUCUUGGGUUUUCAGGACAACCCGUGGUUUUGUGACUGUCGCAUUUCAAAGCUAAUUGAAUUUUCUAAAAUUGUGGACACCUCCGUUGUACUUCUUGAUCCAUUGGUUUCAUGUAGUGGACCUGAGAGCCUGGCAGGAAUCCUGUUCCAGAGAGCUGAGUUAGAGCAGUGUCUUAAACCAUCUGUGAUGACCUCGGCCACAAAAAUCACCUCCCCUCUGGGCAGCAACGUCCUGCUGCGCUGUGACGCCACGGGGUACCCAACACCACAGCUCACUUGGAAUAGGUCAGACAACAUUCCAGUGAACUACACAGUAAUUCAAGAAACUCCUGGAGAGGGUGUCAGGUGGUCCAUAAUGAGCUUGACAGGAAUUUCAUACAAGGACGCAGGAGAAUACAGAUGUAAAGCCAAGAACUUGGCAGGAAUGUCAGAAGCUGCUGUGACUGUCACAGUGGUUGGUGUAGUUACUACAACUGUAUCACCACAGAAGUUUGGGAGGAAGCCAGAGGCUGAGAAGCAGAAUACAACUCAGGAGGAAUCCAAGCAGGAACCCGAGAGGACAACCACACCUCUUCCCAUCACACCGACCACCACAGCUCUGGUGAGCACUGAAAGGUCAACCAGCAUGACAUUUACUGACAAAAAGCAAUCCAGGCUCAUGUUAGAUGGAAAGAAAGUUUCAAAGGCAGUGACAAAUGGAAGCAAAAAGCUGAUUGGAGAUUCAAGAAAGAAGGAUACUCCAUUGAGUACAGCAGGUACAGCUGAGCAAAAUGUUACUGUGAAGAACCUAAGAGUGAUCAGUGAAUCUGAUGAAAGAGUGACCUUAACUUGGAAAACUGUCAAUGCCACAGGCAACUCUGCUGUGACUGUGUUAUAUUCCAAGUAUGGUGAGAAAGAUAUGUUGCCUCUCAGCACUGAUUCUAACAAAAACAAAGUCACAAUCGAUGGCUUGCAACCUAGUACUCAAUAUAUGGCAUGUGUCUCACCCAAAGGCGUGCCACCUACAAAAGAGCAGUGUGUUGUUUUCUCCACUGAUGGGUUAAAUGAUGAAAGCAGCUCUGAGUUUUCUAUUCUGAUAGUGGCCAGCAGUGCAGCAUGUGUGGUUGCUUUACCUUUGAUAUUUUUCUUACUCUACAAAGUUUUAAAACUUCAUUUGAAACCAAAAUCUGCAAAGGAAGCUGAACUUGCAAAAGAGACUUAUGUGCAAUUUGAAACACUGUCUCUGAAGCCUCGAGCACUGGGUGCAGGAGACCAGCUCUGGGCACGAAGGUACACGGAUGAGUCAGAAAGACUUCUCCUUUGCUCUAGGUCAAGCAUGGAUUCUCAAAUGACCUUCAAAAGUGAGGGCUCCAGGUCUGAGUAUCUGUGCUGAACAUGGGUGAGGAUGGAGAUCAAAUAAAUAAUAGGUAAAAUUAAUUCAAAAUGGUGAUGCUGCACCUGGAAGCAGGCUGAUGCUAGACAGUGGUCAGAAUACGUUAUCUGGUGUAAUAGAGUCUUACUGGAUGGUGGUGGGUAGGAGGGGGAAUAGAAGACAAAUGUUGCCUGUUUAUUUUCUUAUUUUUUAAGUUUGUGAUUUUGAAUGUGAAGGAGUGAUGUUCUUCCAAAGAAAAAUACAGCAUGAAAUGGUUCUAUGGGUAAAGAUAUAUUUUUUCUUUUAUUAAAACAUUUCUGUUUUCUCUCCUCUCGUUUUACCAUAUGAUGUGCUAGUGGCAUGUAUCAAACAUGAAUCAAAAUCUUCUUGGAAAUGAUGUUCUUCAACAUAAUAGGAAAACAGUUUUAACUACUUCUAUUGUGAUCAAAGCUUUAUUUGAAUAUACAAGUUUUCUUCUGACAUCAGCUUGCGCUUCGAGGUGUCAUACAGCUGUUUGUACAGUAUCUUGGGCUGAAGUAUUUUCAGGCCAGUCAAGAUAGAAGACACAGUUUAUGGGCUCUUGAGAGGUACAAUACACAUCUUAUUGUCAUUUUGCAGAUGUUAUUGCAAAGGGCAAAGAAGCUUCUUUAGUGUCCUGAAGUAACUGAGAGACACUAGAUAAUUAUAUUAACUUACAUCAGAUGAUUUUAUUCCAAAAUCUCAGCCUUAGAAUUUACUUGGAUGUGUCUGUCUAUAUACCUCAAUUCCAGAAAUCUCUGUACAGAAAAUUCUGUGGUACUGUGUAAUACAACACACACUUUUAUAUGUAAAUAUAUGACACAGAUAUUGCACAGUAUUAUGCACUACAUUGCAGUAAUAUAAUACCUUUUGAUAUACAGUAAGAGGAGUUUUUGUCCUCAGGGCAUGUUGGAUGUGAAGUUAAUGAGCAUAGUGAAAGUUAAUUGUGAAUAUGCUUCCCCAUGUUUAAAAAUCAGAAAUUAAUAGUAACAAUGAAUUCAGAAUUGCCUGUUAAUGUUAAUAAUGAAUAGUCUAUUCUGAGGCUGCUUUUUUUUAAUGCCUGAAGUAAAUAAGAAAACUUUUGUUGUUCCAGGUUCAGAUAUUAUAUUUAGAAGUAUGUAUGAAUUGUGAGCCACAGUUUUUCCUGAAAAUUACAGCUGUGUUGUUUUCUUGGACCUUUCUAUGCCUAGAGGAACUGUUUGUUAUGAUAGGAAAUUGGGAAUUGACAUUUUCCAGACAAACCAAACCUUAGUUUGUCAGCUUCAAAACAGUAGCUUUUCUCAUUGUCACUAAUGUAGGAUGAAAUUUUGCCUGCUGGAAUGCUGAUGAGCUUAUCUUGUAAGGCAUAGCUUGGUGAGAGGUGUCAAAAAGCCUCUGACACAAAAUCAUGGCAGGAAAUGAACCCACUGAAAAAUCUCUGUAGCACCUACACCAGGGUGUCCAGUGACCAGGAUUAGCAGAAUGAGUAUUUGAGACUAUGGGAGCUGUAAUAAAGAAGCAGGUGGGAUGUUCAAAAGUGCAAAAUUAGCUUGCCUACUUAGAAUUAUCCUUGGUGUUCCUCUCUGCGUUACAAGUAUGUGUGGUGAAAAAUCAGUCCUUUUACUUUUUCCAUGAAUAAUUUUGAUUGCAAUGAUCACGGUUUUAUCUUUCUAAGUUAUUUUACUUUGACAGUUUUGGGUUUUUUAAUAUAUGUUUUUUUAGGGAAAAGAGAUUCUCUGUGUGUCAAAACCAAGGUUCAUCUGACACGUUAAUGACGAACCAGGUUUGUGCAGGACCUGAAGUGUUACAAUAUUUGCCUUCUAUUUUCUUGAUAGACAGCGUAGUCAGUAGUUGUUGAAGGUGUUUCCAAUUAAAACCACCAUGUUUUUUGUUAAUGAGAACAAUUGUUUUGACUUUUCUUUUUUUCCUGGAGAGUAUUUGAUUUCAGGCUUCAAAGCUCUAAAUUUAAUUCUGAAGUUCAAAAUUGAUAUCACCUGACUUGUAGGUGAUACAUCAAUGUAUCAAAUGGAGAUGGUGCACAGUUCAUUGGAGAGAGGUCACUUGUGGACGUUAAACCUUUGUGUUUUACUAAUCCUUGUGGAAUUAGCAUGUCCUAAAGUCAGAAAUUAAUCUCUGGCCACAUGGGCUAUCAGUGUAUCAAAGAUGAAAUUUACUAUCAAGAGCAUGUUCUUUCAAGAAAACAUGUUAUACCUUAUUUUUUCCACAGUUCUCAUGACAAAAGAGUUACAUAAUCCAGACAUGCUUCUGCAACUCAUCUCAAAACACCAAAUGUGCUGGGCAAUUUUGUCAGGAAUUUGACACAAAUGGCAAAUCACACAAUAAAGACAUUUGCACUGUAUCAACCAGAGCUGGUUUAAUUAAAAUGCUGAAGAAAUACUUUGCUAACAGAUGUAAUUUUUUAUAUUGUCAGUUGUUGAUGAUGGAACCAUUGUGAGAUAGAUUUUGUCACCCUUAAUCAUUUGUAUAGUGUCUUCUGAAAUGCAGCACUGGAUCAAGCAUUGAUAUGAACAGUGAGGACUAUAAUCUGUGUAGGAAAAUUCAGAGAGAUUUUAGCCUGUGUUUAUGUGUUGCCUUUCAUAUACUUUGCACUUUGUUUUCUGAAUUCAUCCUGCUUUUCCUAAAAAGCAGGAUGAAUUCAGAAAAAAGUUAGACAUCAUUUUAUACAUUACCUACAAUGGGUGUGUCAAAACUGGAUGGCUAAUGAAAUAACUGAGUAAUGUGAGCUGAAUUCUAAGUAAAUGUCAUUUUUACUUAGAGUUUUAGUGAGCAUAGUACUUAUCAUAAUAUUUUUUAGCACUUUAUCAUAUUAAACCAUAAUCUUGGCUUCAAUGGGUACUUACUAAGCCAAACUUAAGGCAUCUGUGCAUCUGUUUUAGUCCUUGCCAUUGCUCUCAGUGGGCUUUAUAUUCCUUGCACCAUCAUCAGAUCCUCAUACUUUUCUCGGGGAGGGAAUUAAGAGAGAAAACUUUGAUGUGUAACAUGGGAAUGUCUGUAAUAGCAAAACCAUUAACACUUGGACUAUGUCUAGGAGGCUAAACAGAGGAAAUUUCAAAGUCAAUACCUUUUCAAAGAAGUAAGUAAAAUAGAAGUUGUUUUCAUAUGAAAAUAAAAAAUUGGUUUUAUACAA